AUGGCUACCAAAGCUGCUACUAGGCGACUUACGAAAGAGUAUGCUGCAUUUCAGAAGAAUCCACCGCCGUACCUAUUGGCAAAGCCUUUGGAAAACAAUAUUCUAGAAUGGUGGGGGGAAUUGGAAUUGAAUAGAUUUAUGUAUGAUGGAAUUGAAAAGAUUGUAGACGAGAGCGCGAGAAAAGUAAUAUAUGGACCUUGUUGGGAUGAUUGUGUUAUUGUCUUUCCAUCAGAGUAUCCGUUCAAACCACCUUCCAUUCGAAUGACAACACCAUCUGGAAGAUUUCUCCCUGAAGCAAGGUUAUGUCUGUCAAUGUCCGAUUUCCAUCCAAGUUCCUGGAACCCCGGUUGGAGCGUUGCCACUAUAUUGAAUGGACUGCUUAGUUUUAUGUGCAGUGACGAGGCCACUACAGGCAGCAUCAAGACCACCGAUGCAGAUAAAAUAAUAUAUGCUUCACGAUCACAUCAACACAAUCUAAACAAUAAAAUGUUUAAAGAGGUUUUUCCUGAACUUUGCAUACCGGAAGCGAUAUCAGUAGAAGUUCUCUACCCUCUUCAUCCUUCCUCUUCUUCGUCUUCAGCAAAGUCUCCCCCAUCAUCCAAAACGACCAAACAGGCUCUCACACAACAUCAACUACAUAAUCGGCAGAACAUCAGACAGUUGCAACCAUCUGACGCAUCAAGGAAUGGUAAUAUUGGUGUGAAUAGAAAUGUAAAUGGCCAGAAUAUUCGGAAUGUCCAAGUUGUUGGCAAUAAUAACCGGAACAAUCCAAUGCAACGACGUCUUGCUGAUCAAUGGCAUAGAUGGUUGAUGGUAUUCUUGGUCUUUCUGUAUCUGGUCGUUGUUAAAUUGUUGUCGAGGAGUUCAGAAGUUAUGGAUGCUGAAUCGCUUAGUGGAGCUGGGAGGAUGUGA